GCGGAACCUUUCCGCAGCGCCUCCGAUAAACAAGCGCCGCGGGGACACUUUAGGACAUCGCACACCAGCCUCCGCGUGCCGUUUGCUUGGAGCAGCAGAGGCGGAUGUGGACGUUCUGUCGACUUCUUCCUUCACCUUGAGCGGGAUGGACGUGCUGGCGGAGGAGUUCGGGAGCCUGACCCCGGAGCAGCUGGCGGCGCCGAUCCCGACGGUUGAGGAAAAAUGGAGGCUGCUUCCAGCAUUUUUAAAGGUGAAAGGCCUUGUGAAGCAGCAUAUAGACUCCUUUAACUACUUCAUUAAUGUGGAGAUAAAGAAGAUAAUGAAAGCCAAUGAGAAGGUUACGAGCGACGCUGACCCCAUGUGGUACUUAAAAUAUCUUAAUAUCUACGUUGGCCUUCCCGAUGUUGAAGAAAGUUUCAAUGUAACGAGACCAGUGUCCCCUCAUGAGUGCCGUUUGAGGGACAUGACGUACUCUGCCCCCAUCACAGUGGACAUUGAGUACACCCGAGGCAGCCAGAGGAUAAUCCGCAACGCCUUACCCAUUGGCAGAAUGCCCAUCAUGCUACGAAGUUCCAACUGUGUUCUGACAGGGAAAACUCCAGCAGAGUUUGCCAAAUUGAACGAAUGCCCGUUAGACCCAGGUGGCUACUUCAUUGUUAAAGGAGUCGAAAAAGUUAUUCUUAUCCAAGAGCAGCUUUCCAAGAACAGGAUCAUCGUGGAGGCGGAUAGGAAAGGGGCCGUUGGAGCUUCAGUUACCAGCUCUACCCACGAGAAGAAGAGCAGAACCAACAUGGCUGUGAAGCAAGGGCGGUUUUAUCUGAGGCACAACACCUUGUCUGAAGACAUACCCAUCGUCAUCAUAUUCAAGGCCAUGGGUGUUGAGAGUGACCAGGAAAUUGUGCAGAUGAUUGGAACAGAGGAGCACGUGAUGGCUGCAUUUGGGCCCAGCUUGGAGGAGUGCCAGAAAGCUCAGAUUUUCACACAGAUGCAGGCACUAAAAUAUAUAGGGAAUAAAGUAAGAAGACAAAGAAUGUGGGGAGGUGGACCAAAGAAAACAAAGAUAGAAGAAGCAAGAGAACUCCUGGCUUCUACCAUUCUGACCCAUGUACCGGUGAAGGAGUUCAAUUUCCGAGCUAAGUGCAUCUACACAGCAGUGAUGGUGAGAAGGGUGAUUCUGGCCCAAGGAGACAACAAAGUCGACGACAGAGACUAUUACGGCAACAAGCGGCUGGAGUUGGCGGGACAGCUCUUAUCUCUUCUUUUUGAAGAUUUGUUCAAGAAAUUUAAUUCGGAAAUGAAGAAGAUUGCAGACCAGGUGAUCCCUAAACAGAGAGCAGCCCAGUUUGACGUUGUGAAACACAUGCGCCAAGACCAGAUCACCAAUGGCAUGGUGAACGCCAUUUCCACCGGAAACUGGUCUCUAAAGAGAUUUAAAAUGGACCGCCAGGGCGUGACCCAGGUGCUGUCUCGUUUGUCGUAUAUUUCUGCUCUUGGCAUGAUGACAAGAAUCUCCUCCCAGUUUGAGAAAACAAGAAAAGUGAGUGGUCCUCGCUCUCUCCAGCCGUCUCAGUGGGGGAUGCUCUGUCCCUCUGACACACCUGAAGGAGAGGCCUGUGGUUUGGUUAAAAACUUGGCCCUUAUGACACAUAUUACAACUGACAUGGAAGAUGGACCCAUUAUUAAGUUGGCUGGUAACUUGGGAGUAGAAGAUGUGAAUUUACUCUGUGGAGAAGAGCUCUCUUACCCCAAUGUGUUUCUCGUCUUCCUGAAUGGCAACAUCCUCGGUGUCAUCCGAGACCACAGAAAGCUCGUCAGUACUUUUCGGCUGAUGCGGAGAGCAGGGUACAUCAACGAGUUUGUCUCUAUCUCCACAAAUCUUACAGAUCGAUGUGUUUAUAUCUCGUCUGAUGGAGGACGGUUGUGCAGGCCUUACAUAAUUGUUAAGAAACAAAAGCCAGCAGUCACAAAUAAGCAUAUGGAAGAGUUGGCUCAAGGUUACAGGAACUUUGAAGAUUUCUUACACGAGAGUCUAGUGGAAUACUUAGAUGUGAAUGAGGAAAAUGAUUGUAACAUUGCACUCUACGAGCAUACGAUCAAUAAGGACACCACCCACUUGGAGAUUGAGCCCUUCACUCUUCUCGGUGUCUGUGCUGGCCUCAUCCCAUACCCUCACCACAACCAGUCUCCCAGGAACACCUACCAGUGCGCUAUGGGCAAGCAAGCCAUGGGUACCAUCGGCUACAACCAGCGGAACAGAAUUGAUACGCUUAUGUAUCUACUGGCAUAUCCACAAAAACCCAUGGUUAAAACAAAAACCAUUGAGUUGAUAGAUUUUGAGAAAUUGCCAGCGGGACAGAAUGCAACCGUUGCCGUGAUGAGUUACAGCGGCUACGACAUUGAAGACGCUCUUGUGCUGAACAAGGCCUCUCUCGACAGGGGUUUUGGGCGUUGCCUGGUAUAUAAAAAUGCUAAGUGCACAUUGAAACGAUACACCAAUCAGACUUUUGAUAAAGUGAUGGGUCCCAUGUUGGAUGCGGCUACCAGAAAACCCAUCUGGCGACAUGAAAUUUUAGAUGCAGAUGGCAUUUGUUCUCCAGGUGAGAAAGUGGAAAACAAGCAAGUGCUUGUGAACAAGUCCAUGCCCACAGUGACUCAGAUCCCUUUGGAGGGAAGCAAUGUGCCGCAGCAGCCACAGUACAAAGAUGUGCCCAUCACGUACAAAGGUGCGACAGACUCCUACAUUGAGAAAGUGAUGAUCUCUUCUAACGCAGAGGAUGCCUUCCUCAUCAAGAUGCUCCUAAGGCAGACGCGGCGUCCAGAGAUCGGGGACAAGUUCAGCAGUCGUCAUGGACAGAAAGGUGUUUGUGGCCUGAUCGUCCCCCAGGAAGACAUGCCUUUCUGUGAUUCUGGUAUCUGUCCCGACAUCAUAAUGAACCCGCACGGCUUCCCAUCGAGAAUGACGGUGGGAAAGUUAAUCGAACUGCUGGCUGGCAAGGCAGGUGUGUUAGACGGCAGGUUUCACUACGGCACGGCCUUCGGAGGGAGUAAAGUCAAGGAUGUGUGUGAAGACCUCGUGCGCCAUGGCUAUAACUACCUGGGGAAGGACUACGUCACCUCAGGCAUCACAGGGGAGCCCUUAGAAGCAUACAUCUAUUUUGGACCUGUGUACUAUCAGAAACUGAAACACAUGGUGCUGGAUAAAAUGCAUGCCCGGGCCCGAGGACCACGAGCCGUUCUUACCAGGCAGCCCACUGAAGGGCGAUCCCGUGAUGGCGGCUUGCGUCUUGGAGAAAUGGAACGCGACUGUUUAAUCGGCUAUGGAGCGAGUAUGCUUUUGCUGGAGAGACUGAUGAUCUCAAGUGAUGCCUUUGAGGUUGAUGUCUGUGGGCAGUGUGGGCUCCUGGGAUACUCCGGCUGGUGCCACUUCUGCAAGUCUUCGUGCCACGUGUCCUCCCUCCGCAUCCCGUAUGCCUGCAAGCUGCUCUUCCAGGAGUUGCAGUCCAUGAACAUCAUCCCCAGGUUGAAACUGGCCAAGUACAACGAGUAAGGAUGAUGGGGUGACUGCAUGAAGCAGAGGAUUCCGAAUGACUUCUGUGUGUGAUCAUUCUGCCUCAGGACAAACUGAGAGGAGAAGGAGCAGCCUUCUGAGUUCCAGAAGCCUGGCUAGACAACCUUGACCAAGAGCUUCCAGUCGUGGGAGAUGCCGGCCCCACAGCAUUGUGCUGAGUCACAGGGGCACAAGCUAGAGAGACUGUGAACUACUGUUAAUUUUAUUCUGAUUUGAGUUAGACUCUUGUUCUGUAGUCCAGGCUGGGUUUGGAUUCACCUCAGUGCUCCUGCCUCCAUUACUCACAAGUGCUGGACUUACGGGUCUGAGCUUAUUUAUGUUAUUAUGUUUUUAAAUGCACUGAAUAGAAAAUAUUCCUCCUUAAAAUCCCCACAGCAUCUUCUGGUUUGUCAUCAGAUGUGGAGGAGGUCAAGGACCAUUGACUUGGGACUAGCUUCAUCGGGGAAGUAUCAUUGCAAAAACACAAAAGACCCAAGUUCAUCCCCAGCCACCCACAUAAGAGCUGGACAUUCACCUACCACCCGUGUAGAAACCUGAUACUGUGGAGGUGGGGGUAAGGAGCAGACAGGCAGAUCCUGAGCCCACUGACCAGCCAGCGCAGCCAAUCAGUGCACUGCAGGUUCAGUGAGACUCUGUCUCAAGAACUGAUGGAGAGUGACUGAGGAAGACCCCAGUGUCCACCUCUGGUCCUCCAUACACACGCACAGGUGGUUAGAUUUGUUGGAAGAAGUAAACUGACCCGGAGGUCGGCAAGUGACACGUGGGCUCUCUGCGGCACGGAAGGGCCAGCGGUUACAUCCUGCUCUCACGCACUGAGACUUUAAUCUUGGUGGAAUGUGAUCAGGGCUGCCUGCCUUGUAAGAAUAUCCCUUCUUAAAUAAUCACAUGGAGGUUAUUUUGAACCUCCCAAACACCUGGGUACAAUGCGUGGACACCUGGCCAUCCCUGUCCUACAAUGCGUGGACACCUGGCCAUCCCUGUCCCUCCCGUUCCUACCAGGAUGUUAACUGUCCAUUCUCUCAACUCUUGUGCCCUGAAGCCCGAUAAAUAUUUGUACUAAGUAUUAUUUAUAUUUUUUGAAGAAAAAAAAAAAGUCUUAAGAAGCAUUGAGUAGUGAGUGGUUUGGGCUGUGUCCUCAGCAUGCCACACUGGAAAUGCUCUUCAGAAUACCCACAGGUAGAACAUCCUGAUAGGGUCAACUCCAGCGGGAAAGAGCUGAGGAGCCCCGGGGCUUUUCAGAGCACUGCUCACCCCAGGCAGAUGGCCCAAGGGACCAUACUGGUCGCUGACUUGAAGACUGGCCCGUUUUGUUUUCCUCACAGUGUGGAAGUCAGGACAGCUGCUCUGCCCGAGCAGAGGAGGCUGUGUGAGGGGCAGCCUUCCUUCAGUGCGUCUUCAGAGACGAGGAGGCACCGUGGCUUUCCUUCUCCUCACUGAUGGCCCCUCUAUCUCACUGUACCCAGCUGUGUUCCCUUGUGUUGUGUGCCUCCUUGGGACAUCACAGGGACUUUUUCCAUGGUGACCUUGGUUCUGCCAGCUCCGUCGAGGUUGAGAACCCUGCAUGCCAGACCAUCUUGUUACUGAACACUCGGGUCCUUCAGAAGGAAUAGGCAGUGUUCUGGGUACCGGCACCAGGACAUGUCGCUCAGCAGUUUGUACGAUGGAUGGACACUGUAUUGGGGGCAGGAGGAGCAGGAUAUGCUUCUUAAUGUAAAGGGGUCCCCAGUCUGCGAACAGAGCAGUUAACUCAGCAGUGCUGCGGGAACACCCAUGCACACUGACCCACCCUUAGAAGCUUGAAGCUUUUCAGGGUGAUUCACUAGCUCCCUAUUACAGCUAAAGAAACUGAGGCAGAGUAGCCAAGGGGCUCCCCAGACCAUACCACCACAAGGGUGUGGCAAGAAUUCCAAAGCCUCUGGUCUGUUUGGCUUUAUCCAUUAUUCACCCAAAGUGGUCUUUUUUAAAGAAAUUCAGAUGCCACUGGGUACGUCUAUUUCCUGCAGGCCAGCAGUUGCGAUCAUCUGGAAUGCCGUUGCUUGUUUGGUGGAGGAAAUUACAGUUCUCCAGGUUUGCACCACUUAAAAGAUACUGGAUCCCAGUGGAGAUGUCAGGAAAAGAAGAGCAGUUGGCUCGUUCCAAAACUAGCCAAGAGCACACCUGAAUAACUGCGAAGACAGCGAGAGCUGGGGCGUGACUCGGGUGAAUCACUUGCCUAGCACCCGGGUUCUGUUCCCUGGCACUUAUAUCAAAAGUCCACAGUUCAUUACUCUUAAUGCCGGUAUAUUUUUUUAAGGUUACUCCAAGCCCCUUUCUUUAAAAGCUACCAAGUAAAUCCUAUUUUUAGUAAGGAUGGCUAAUUUCUUACAGGCCACCCAUGAAGCCAUUUAUCUCUGAAGGCUUUUAAUAGGUUUGGAGUGGCACAGGAUGAGGUUGAAGUCUCACCAAGACCCUGACUCUGACAGCUGGUUCAGCAGAGUGAAAGAGCUGUACAUACAAAAUCUCGGGUGUGGACAGGCUGGCAUCCCAGCAGGGAGAAAGCUUGCUGAGCGACUCGGGGGUCUUCACCGUCCCCUGGGUCCGUCAGCUCAGGCUGCUGCGGCAGAAUAUCACAGUUUCAUGGUUUGGAGUUCGCCCUUCUGUCUGUGAUGUCGGUCACCCUGGAUGUACAAUACCUAGAUCACCUGAAAGCGCACAAUGGAACAUGGCAGCCCUGUCACUUCUUCACGUAGUAGCUAGAACACGCUGCUUACAGACAUUUCCCUUCUUCAGCUGUGUGUUUUCAGAGGUAAAUUCCACAUAGUAAAGACCAGCUAUUUGAUCCUUCCCUAUACAGACUGUCAAAUAUGAAUUAGUUUCCUAGCAUACUUCAGUAUGGGAACCAGCAGGGUCUGGAGUUUGUUGUUACGAAUAUUCCAGUGCCCCAAUUCCUUGUGAUUAUUUUCCUUCUGAUGCUCAAAUUGGUCCAUCGUUGUCUGGAAGAUGUUCAGGUUGACUCCCAAGUCUUUACAAGCUCAGUAGAACUUGCAUACCCUUGCCCUGUAGAGUGCCAUGAUUCUCCAGUCCCUUGUGGCACAUUUCCUGUCUAGGCCAGUAUGCAACCUUUUCUCUCCCAGCCAGCUCCC